ACUUGUGACGAGCCUGACUCUCGCCUCCAUCCAGCUGGCUGACAGCCUCUCGGAGACGGUUCUGUUGCUGCUGAGGAGCGGUCCGCUGGUCGUCAUGGGCAAUAUAUUUGGAAACCUGUUGAAGAGCCUGAUAGGGAAAAAGGAGAUGCGGAUUCUCAUGGUGGGGCUGGAUGCUGCUGGGAAAACCACCAUCCUUUACAAGCUGAAGCUGGGCGAGAUUGUCACCACAAUUCCCACAAUUGGCUUUAACGUUGAGACUGUGGAGUAUAAGAACAUCAGCUUCACCGUGUGGGAUGUGGGCGGUCAGGACAAGAUUCGUCCCUUGUGGAGGCACUACUUCCAAAACACUCAGGGUUUGAUCUUUGUGGUGGACAGCAACGACCGCGAGCGUGUGAAUGAAGCUCGAGAGGAACUCAUGAGGAUGCUGGCCGAGGACGAGCUGCGGGAUGCCGUUCUCCUGGUCUUUGCCAACAAGCAGGACCUGCCCAAUGCCAUGAAUGCGGCGGAGAUCACGGACAAGCUGGGCCUGCACUCCCUGCGCCACCGCAACUGGUACAUUCAGGCCACCUGUGCCACCAGCGGCGACGGCCUGUAUGAGGGCCUGGACUGGCUGGCUAAUCAGCUGAAGAACAAAAAGUGAAGAGCAAAUGGGGAAGUGCCAGCUCCAGGUCGUACUCCCUUUCGAUGCAUUGAGUUCACAUGGAGAAGCAGUGCUGACAAUCCCCUUCCAGGUGACUCAAUGGCAUUUCCCCCCCCCAAAAAAACAAACUUCUAUCUUGUUCUUUUCGUUAUUAACUAGAUUUAUUGAUUUGUUUGGAGCUGCUGUUGAGAGUGUUGAAUCAUGUGCGAACCAAUGACACCCAAGUGUUUUUGCUUUCUAGACACUGGAUAACUUGGGAUGUACAAAGUGAAUCAUGUUAUGUCUAAUGCUACUGAACUGGCACAUCUAUAUUCUCUCCUUUGUCGUCUCGAUGAUUUUAUCAUGUUCUUAACUUGUGCUGGUGGCGUAAUGUUACCCAAUUGUACGAUACGUUUGUCGCGGUUAAUGGGGACCAAAACCACCCGCAAUAAAUGAAACUCUGCAAAGUAGCGACCCCCACCCUCCAUAUAGGUACAUGCACAUAAUAUUUAUAAGGUCAAAUUUAAUGGUAUACAUGCAUGUACAAGUACAUUUUGAAGUAACAUGACUUAAUGCUGUACACUAAUAGAUUUAAACAUGUAUAAGUUAGGUUAGUUUAUGAACAACAAUCUGCAGUAAACAUUUUUUUUUAAGUCCGCAAACGGUCCGCGAGAAGCUGCGAAAGUCAGCAAAACAACAACGAGUCACAUAGAGCAACAUAUACAGUACUGUACUACAUGUAUAUGAAUUGUUUUUUUUAUUAUGAAUAUGUUGUAUGUAUGAAAAAAUCCGCGAUGCACUGAAGCCGCGAUAAACGAACCGCGAAAUAAGGAGGGAUCACUGCGUAUGUAAAUGAGUUACAUUGUGGGACGAGCAAAUUGUUAAAACCACUGUUUUGUCAUUCAUUGUCCGAACAAUGCAGUGCAUCAGAGUAAAAUAAAUAUUUUACUUUUGUUAGUUUAAAAUAUAUAUUUUUAUUUUUAUUAUUUUUUGGGGGCGAUACAUAUGUUUUUAUUCACCUCAUAACACAGCUGAUCGUUUUAUAGUGAUAACCUUUUAUGAGAGUGUAUUUAUUCGGAAGCAGAUUUGAAAUGCAGUUAUAUAAAACAGUAUAUCACUACAUUGCUAAUGGCAGCAGUGAAGAAAGAAGACGUCAAACAAAUGUGUGUCACAGCUUCCCAUGCUGUACGUCAAGACAGACAAAUCAGGCUAGUGGGCUGAUGGGAGCCGUGACUCGCUGCCUACUCACCAUGAAAAAAAAACCAUGCUUGGCCCUCUUGCUGUGCUCAAUAAGGGUCCUCUUCAUGUGUACGAUGCUCAGUGAGGUGUUGUCACUAUACUGAUGCAGGAGGUGCAGUCAGCGCCGGGCAUAUCAGACAACAUGCUGCUACUGGCUGGCAGAGCCACCCACGGACAUUGAUUGAAUGUUUACUUUUCAGCUUCAGUGUGAAAGCAGCUGCAUUAUAUCUCUCGAAGCAUCUGUCCUCACUUCCAUUCAAUUUGGCCGAACAGUCGACAAUGUGUUUCUUUUGUGGCACUUGUGGUACCAUCUUGCAAUAAAACCAGCCACACUGUUACAAUAAACAUGUAUGUAUAAAUUACUCUUUUCCGAUUGAUGAACUAUUUGGUUUCGUUUUGUGCUUAAUUUGUUCACAGCUUUACAUCAAAUCAGUGGUAGGAGCACGAGGAGGCAUUUAAUACAGUACAAGACCCAACUACCUUCUAAUAUGCAAUGGCGUGUCUUUGUAUAUCAUUAUUUCUGAAAAGUACAUCAGGUGAUUUGUACUCAAAUCAAAACAUUUUGUACCAGCAUCAGUACUGACUAAGUGUGUGUGUUGUGUGCAAGGUGCUCUCUACUUCAUUGUUUUUCGUGCAAGCUUGGUUUAUCUGGCCUUACAUUGCCACUGGUUGAGUUCAAUUUCACAAGCAAGUUUGUGCAACUAAAUGUCCCCUUUCUUUCAAAAACGCAUUUCGUCAAGAUGGGCGGAUUUUACCCUGAUGACAUAAGCAAAAACAUUUUGGAAUUGAAAGAAUGACAGCAGAGACUACAGUUUCAGUCAUCAUAAUAAGUCACCUGAUCAAUAAAGAGAAUGAACAUUU